CUCAGACCCCCACUGAUGUCGCUACCGUGUGUCAUCUUCCAACAAACAAAGCCAGCAGCUGCCCCUUCACGAAUGAUCCGUGUAUAAAUAGGGCAGUGUAGUCGCAAUGGCAUCAACCUGCAGGGCAGUGCUUCCGUUUAGCAUCUAGGCACGAAUCUGUGAAGAUGGAAUCAUCCACUUCUGGAGCCAAAUUUGAUUGCUUGCUUUUUGACAUGGAUGACACUCUCUACCCACUGAGCUUAGGAAUCAACUUAGCAUGCCGUAAGAACAUACAAGAUUACAUGCUGAGCAAGCUGCACAUUGAAGAGAGCCAGGUUCCCAAGAUGUGCCUAGACUUGUACAAGGAGUAUGGAACUACAAUGGCAGGCCUGAAGCUUUUGGGCUAUGGUUUCGACUACGACGACUUCCACGCUUGCGUCCAUGGAACGUUGCCGUAUGAGAAGCUGAAACCGGACCCUGUCCUGAGGCAGCUGCUGCUUUCCCUGCCACAGAGGAAGAUAAUUUUCACCAACUCUGACAAAGCUCAUGCAUCAAGAGUCCUGGAGAAGCUCGGGCUGGAGGACUGCUUCGAAGGGAUCAUCUGCUUCGAGACCCUGAACCCGCCGACAAAACAGGAUGUCCAUGACCAAAACAGGAUCCUGUGCAAACCGUCUUUGGAAUCCAUGGAAGCUGUCAUAGAGAUCGCAAAACUCGACCCUAGUAGAACGGUGUUCUUCGACGACAGUGCGCGCAACAUCGCCGCAGGGAAGGCGGCGGGUCUCCACACUGUCAUUGUAGGGAGCUCGACGCCGGUGCCAGGAGCGGACGUGGCGCUGGAGAGCAUCCACAACCUCAAGGAGGCCCUGCCGGAGCUCUGGGAGGCCACUGCCGGCGAGCACGUCGAGGCGGUUCUCCGGCCCGCCGCCGUCGAGACCACGGUGCUCGCAUGAUGAAACCGCCAGGCCACGCACUACAUAUGUAUCCUGUGCUGCGCAAAAAAUGUCUUGGAAUAUGGUGUGAGUGAAGCACCGUGCUUAUAUGCAUCGGAAACAAUAAGGUUUGGAACUCGUUUGAUCCAACGGUCCUUGCUUUUUUAUGGCAUGGUCCGUUUUGAAACGACUGGCUCCUUCAGAUGGAGAUAAUAAAUUUCAGAGAUUGCUACCGUGUUUCUUAUUU